AGAAGACAAAUCUGCUUUGAGAAACCUCGAAAGAGAGAACUCGAACUCAAUUCAGCUGAGCUUGAAAGUUAUGGCUAUCGCCGCCGCCAUUUCGGGUCCUCUGACAACUCCGUCUCGGCGGCGCUCAGUCACCUCCUUCAGCUCACUCUCCAAUUCUCAUUCUCUUACGAGACAACUGAGUUUUCUCAGAGCAAGUCGCCCCUGUAUUGGCUUGUCAGCCACAGCUUCUUCUUCUUCUUCUUCUUCCAUUUCCAUGAGUCUCGAAGCCGCCGAGAAGGCCUCGCCGGUGUCGUUCUUGGAUCGCAGGGAGACCGGUUUUCUUCAUUUUGUCAAGUACCACGGCGUCGGCAAUGACUUCAUCUUGGUUGAUAAUAGGGAUUCUUCAGAGCCUAGGAUUACUCCCGAGCAAGCGGCGAAGCUCUGUGAUCGGAACUUUGGAAUUGGAGCUGAUGGGGUCAUUUUUGCUAUGCCUGGCAUCAAUGGCACUGACUACACUAUGAGAAUUUUUAAUUCUGAUGGCAGCGAACCUGAGAUGUGCGGUAAUGGAGCACGAUGCUUUGCCCGAUUUAUUGCUGAGCUUGAGAAUUUGCAAGGAAAGCACAGCUUUACUGUGCAUACUGGUGCUGGUCUAAUUAUUCCAGAAAUACAAGAUGAUGGUCAGGUCAAAGUUGAUAUGGGUGAACCAGUGCUUAAAGCAUCAGAUGUACCUACAAAGUUACCUGCAAAUAAGGAUCAAUCAGUUGUAAAGUCUGACAUAGAUGUUGAUGGAGAAACCUGGAGUGUUACUUGUGUUAGUAUGGGAAAUCCUCACUGUGUAACUUUUGGCACAAAAGGAGGCCAGGCUUUGCAAGUUGAUGAACUAAACUUAGCUGAUAUUGGACCCAAAUUUGAGCAUCAUGAGAUGUUUCCAGCACGAACCAACACAGAAUUCGUACAAGUAUUCUCUCCAUCACACGUCAAGAUGCGUGUUUGGGAGCGCGGGGCAGGAGCAACAUUGGCCUGUGGAACUGGUGCUUGUGCUGUAGUUGUUGCAGCCGUUCUUGAGGGUCGUGCUGGAAGGAAUUGCACGGUUGAUUUGCCAGGAGGGCCAUUGCAAAUUGAGUGGAGGGAGGAAGACAAUCACGUGUAUAUGACAGGUCCAGCUGAAGUGGUGUUCUACGGAUCUGUGCAACUUUGAUAUGUUUCCCUAUCUCAGAUUAUGUUGUCUGCUUAGCCGUAGAUUGUUUCGUUCACCUGUCUUUACUCUUUUCUCUGUGAAAUUACAAGCAAAAGCCAUGGGGACACCGCCCCGGCUUGCCAUUUUCUUUAGCUUCGUAAAAUAAGAAGUUGAAUUGAGAGAAUUCUAUAUGUUCUUCACAAUUUUGUAACUUUGGCCUGGCAGCAGCAUUGGGUUGUCGUUUAUUUCGACUGCCUUUGAAAUCGGUGACACUAUCAAGAGUUUGAGCAACGACAUGUUUUCUAGGCUUAAACGACAACUGACUGUAAAAUGAAUGACAAGACGAUAUGUGUUGAAGGAAAAGUCUCUGUCUAGUGAAGCGAACUUUAUAUGUGAAAUUUAUUAUAAAUAUGGGAAAGUGUUUUUUCUUCUUAAA